UGCUAUGGCGUUCUGAGGUUCAUCAUGGAGAGCGGCGCCAAAGGUUGUGAGGUCGUUGUGUCCGGUAAGCUGAGGGGUCAGAGGGCCAAGUCCAUGAAGUUCGUGGACGGCCUGAUGAUCCACAGCGGAGACCCUGUCAACUACUACGUGGACACAGCCGUCCGCCACGUCCUGCUGAGGCAGGGUGUGUUGGGCAUCAAAGUGAAGAUCAUGCUGCCCUGGGACCCCAGUGGCAAGAUCGGCCCCAAGAAGCCCCUCCCCGACCACGUCAGCAUCGUGGAGCCCAAAGAGGAGAGCCUCCCCACCGCGCCCAUCUCCGAGCAGAAGGGGGCCAAGCCCGAGGUGCCCGUCAUGCCCCAGGGAGCCCCGGUCCCCACCGCAUAGGAGGGUCCGUCACCGUUCAGCUGGAUGGAGACUCUGUGACUUUUGUGUACAAAACCAAUAAAACCUGGAAAAUACA